ACGCGGGAAAUUGCGUACGCUAAAGACCAGACGGCUUCCGGAACAGAUUUCCAUGGAAAACUUUCAGAAAAUAGAGAAGAUUGGCGAAGGGACCUAUGGCGUGGUGUAUAAAGCACGAGAUAAGACCACCGGACAACUUGUAGCAUUGAAGAAAAUCAGAUUAGACACUGAAUCCGAGGGAGUGCCCAGCACAGCCAUACGAGAGAUAUCACUUCUCAAGGAGUUGGAUCAUAGCUGUAUUGUCAGGCUGUUAGAUGUUGUCCACAGUGAGCAGAAACUGUAUCUCGUAUUCGAGUAUCUCAACCAAGAUCUCAAGAAAUACAUGGAUAGCUGUCCAGCUGCAGGAAUGCCUUCAUCACUUAUCAAGAGUUACAUGCAUCAGUUAUUGCAAGGGAUAGCUUAUUGCCACUCGCACCGAGUGCUUCAUAGGGACCUGAAGCCGCAGAACUUGCUGAUCGAUGUGGAAGGCAAUAUAAAACUGGCUGAUUUUGGUCUGGCCAGGGCGUUUGGUGUUCCUGUCAGAACCUACACUCAUGAGGUUGUGACCCUGUGGUACAGAGCCCCUGAGAUCCUCCUAGGUAGCCGAUUCUACUCCACCCCAGUAGAUCUCUGGUCCCUUGGAUGUAUCUUUGCAGAGAUGAUGACAAGACGUGCUUUGUUCCAAGGAGACUCUGAAAUUGAUCAGCUAUUUAGGAUUUUCAGGACACUUGGAACUCCGGAUGAGAGUGUGUGGCCAGGAGUUUCCCAGCUUCCUGACUUCAAGUCUUCCUUCCCUAAAUGGCCCCAGCAGUCUAUCAGCAGCAUUGUUCCACACCUCACUGGUGAAGGACUGGAUUUAAUGGCUAAAAUGUUGAAGUAUGAACCAAGUCAGAGGAUAUCAGCCAAGAUGUCUCUCUCUCAUCCGUAUUUUAAUGGUGUCUGCAAACAAAGACCACCGCAGAUCUUUAAGUGAGGCAGUGAUCAAUGCAUGCUUUAACAGCCUCUAUUUUACUCAGUUUUGUGUCAACCAAUGUUUUCAACCUAUCUAUUGUAAAAUUGGGUUCUUUGAUCUUGAGAUUGUCAAGAUCUAUUAACAUUGCAUUGAGGGUCGUGUUCCUGCUAUCCGACUUGUACCCAGAAAGGAGAGGACAGAUUAUGUCAUGGCAGUUUAAAGGUUCUCUCUCCUAAAACUUACCAAGUUGGAAAGUGCAAAAACAUAGCUUUUACAAAAGAUAUGUUCUAAGUGUCAUCUAUUGUCUGCAAACAACUUUAAUGUCAUUAUAAUCACAAGUUGAAUUUGUAUUCAAAUAGAGCAGAAUGUGGAGGGGAAAAGAUACUGACAUCAUAAGAGGUACAGGUGAACUUUUUUAUUUGAUUGCUUGCACUGAUUGAUGAGGUUAGCUUUGUCCUCUGUCAUCAUUGUAAACAUUUUACAUGUACCUUGUCGACUUUAUAACUCGCUGAAACUGAUUUCAAUCUAACUUACCACAAGGUGUUUGUUCAUUGAAGGGUGAUAUCCCCUUCCAAGGUAGAUGAUUAAGAAACUGCUGAUCCAGAAAGGCCUAGACCUGCAUGAAGGCUUCUACUUAUGAUGAAGAUUCAAGUUUGUUCACAUGUUGACUCUCGGUGCAAGAGUGAUGCAACAGUAGGGAUUCAAAGUUUUGUGUAGGAAUAGAAACGGGGGGAAAAACAUAUUAAAAAAUUUGAAAAUUUCUAUAGACCAACAAGGGAACAUAUUUAUAUGCAAACAGUCUAAUGUAGAGUAGAUACAAGUAUGUUCAAGCUGUGACCCUUUGGACAUGGACAUAAUAGGGUUUUAGAGGUUAACAUGGAAAUAUAUAAGUGAAUUCUUUAAAAAAUUUCAAAACCAUAAGGAUACAGUUUGUCAAAUUGAUAUGCAAACAUCCUCCUGUAGUGUAGAUGAAGCCUAGGGAUUUAAAUUUGAUGCAGUAUAAGAAAGAUAUUUAUAAUUUACUACUCAGGAAGAACAUUUGUACAAUUAUCAAGUAAUACAAGAACUGUUGAUUGUGAUUGUAAUAAUAAUAGGGGUCUAUACCAUACCACCCCCUAAGAAUAGGUAUAUUGUAAGGGCUCUCUAUUCGCUCACAUAAAUCAUCAUUAGUGCUUUUGUUUCUUGUGUAUUUUUUGCAAGUAUCUCAAUGCAUUGCAGUUUUUCUCAAUUAAAUCAGAGUGACAUGGAGCCAGAAUUAUUGCAUUACAAACAUGUUAUGUUGCUAUUUUGACACAAAAUGGCAAUUUUUUAUGCCAUUUUCCUUCUAGGAAAUGCCGAGUGCAGGCUUGGACAACUCUUUCAUAUUUACACCAUAACUUCAUCUUUCAACUGCACGAGAUAGAAAAAAAAACAUUUUCUCUCCAAAUCUGAACUGUAUUUCCUGAAAGAAAUUCACAAAAAUGAGCAAUUUAACAUUGAUAAAUUGGGUCAUUAUAAAUGCCAUGUAAGUUGAUUUAGUUAAUGAACAAUAGAGCUCUGAAAAUUAAAACAUGGUUACAUUUCCAACAGCAAUUUGAUAAUUACAGUUCGUGAAAUAAUAUGCAAUCACUAGGAGACAUGUAGUGUAUAAAGUGGUUAAAUAGCAGGACUUGUAGAGCAGCUGUUAGUGUUCCAGUAUAGUCUCUAUGAACCAAGUAGUUCAGGUGGAAGUUGUGGCUGCUCGGUCUCUUUAAGUGAGCCGUGCAGUGUAAGGUGUGGCUGCUCGGUCUCUUUAAGUGAGCCGUGCAGUGUAAGGUGUGGCUGCUCGGUCUCUUUUUUAAGUGAGCCGUGCAGUGUAAGUUGUGGUUUCUUUGCAGUGAUUGAAUUGAGAUGCAUGUACUGUCUGUGUCUUCAUUACUUCAGGUCACGAGAGCAUGACCUUCAGUGCAAUGUUAAAAUUUUGUAGUGAUUUUUAAAAGUGAGUUGAUGAAAAAAUGCAAUUCAAAUUUUGUUCUCAACUACAUGACUGUGAUACACAACUCUGAUUUAACAUAUUCUGUUCUUCUAAUGCGCUAGAUUUUAUUACAGGAUUGUAAAAUCUGUGGCUUUAGUGUUUGAAAUUUUUAAAAAUUUCAAUGUAAUGUUAAUGGGUCAAUAGAUCAAUUGUAUGAUUGUGAUUUUAACAAGAUUAUUUUAAAGAGUGACUGAAAUAUUUAUUGUUAAAAGUUUCAAGAAUUCACAAUGAAUUGUUAAAUCUCAUAAAGUUGUAUACCAAGUUUUUUGACAUGUUCAGGUAUUUAUUGUCCUUUAUUUUUUAACUGCUGUGAGAAUAUGAUCAUGCAUAUCUUGUGUUUUUUUUAACUCCUUGAUUAAAAUGUACUGUACACAAACACAUUCUGUGAAUACUGCACUGGAUAUAAUGUGCAUACACUGUACCUGUUCAUUAGUGUUGUACAUAAUUACAUGUAUCUGUUUUCAUUAUGUUGAAUAUACAGAAGUAUAGUAUUUUUUUAUACACUGUAUUGUUUAUUAAAUGUCAGUGAUGUAAA